CUCCGGGAACGCAGAGCGCCGGAGCGGGCGGGCGGCCAUUUUGUGAAGCGGCUGCGGAGGUGUUGACUGCAGUGGGCUCCGGGAAAGCCGUUCGGGCUGGGGCUGUCGGCCGCAGGGCUGAGGCACUCGCGCGGGGGGUAACUCGGGUCUGGGUUCUGGUGCCGCGCAAGCUCUCCCUGGAUUGACUUGGCCUCUGCUUCUUAAGAAAAUACAUCUCUUGUUUUACAAGGUGUGUGUGCUUUCAGCGCAGCAUGGCUGUGGUCAUCCGUUUGCAAGGUCUCCCAAUUGUGGCGGGGACCAUGGACAUUCGCCACUUCUUCUCUGGAUUAACCAUCCCCGAUGGGGGCGUGCAUAUUGUAGGGGGUGAACUGGAUGGCUCAUUGCGUUACCUUGGUCCAGCUCUCCGUGUCCUGUGAACAUCUCAUUGACAAGGACAUUGGCUCCAAGUCUGACCCACUCUGCGUCCUUUUACAGGAUGUGGGUGGGGCCUGGGCUGAGCUUUGCCGGACUGAACGUGUUCGCAACUGCUCAAGCCCUGAGUUCUCCAAGACUCUGCAGAUAGAAUACCACUUUGAGACUGUCCAGAAGCUGCGCUUUGGAAUCUAUGACAUAGACAACAAGACACCGGAGCUGGGGGAUGAUGACUUCCUGGGGGGAGCUGAAUGUUCCCUAGGUCAGAUUGUAUCCAGCCAGACGCUGACCUUACCCUUGAUGUUGAAGCCCGGGAAGCCUGCAGGGCGGGGAACCAUCACGGUUUCAGCUCAGGAGCUAAAGGACAACCGUGUAGUAACCAUGGAGGUGGAAGCUAGAAACCUAGAUAAGAAGGACUUCCUAGGGAAAUCUGAUCCAUUCUUGGAGUUCUUCCGGCAAGGCGAUGGGAAGUGGCAGCUGGCAUACAGAACCGAGGUAGUCAAGAACAACCUGAACCCUACCUGGAAACGCUUCUCAGUCUCUCUGCAGCAUUUCUGCGGUGGGGACCUCAGCACGCCCAUUCAGGUGCGCUGCUCAGACUAUGACAGUGACGGCUCACAUGAUCUCAUUGGUACCUUCCAUACUACCUUGGCCCAACUGCAAGCAGUCCCGGCUGAGUUUGAAUGUGUCCACCCUGAAAAGCAGCAGAGAAAGAAAAACUACAGGAACUCUGGAACCGUCCGUGUCAAGACUUGCCGGGUGGAGACAGAGUAUUCCUUCCUGGACUAUGUGAUGGGAGGCUGCCAGAUCAACUUUACUGUGGGUGUGGACUUCACUGGCUCCAAUGGCGACCCAUCCUCACCUGACUCCCUGCAUUAUCUGAGCCCUACAGGAGUCAACGAGUAUCUGACAGCUCUGUGGAGCGUGGGCAGCGUGGUUCAAGACUAUGACUCAGACAAGCUAUUUCCUGCAUUUGGUUUUGGAGCCCAGGUGCCCCCCGAUUGGCAGGUCUCACAUGAGUUUGCCUUGAACUUCAAUCCCAGUAAUCCGUAUUGUGCAGGCAUCCAGGGUAUCGUAGAUGCCUACCGUCAAGCCCUGCCCCAAGUUCGUCUCUAUGGCCCCACCAACUUUGCGCCCAUCAUCAAUCACGUGGCCAGGUUUGCAGCCCAAGCUGCACAGCAGAGGUCGGCCUCGCAAUACUUCGUGCUGUUGCUUUUGACUGACGGCGCUGUGACAGAUGUGGAGGCCACAUGUAAGGCUGUGGUGGACGCCUCAAAGCUACCCAUGUCCGUGAUCAUCGUGGGUGUGGGCGGUGCAGAUUUUGAGGUCAUGGAACAGCUGGAUGCAGAUGGCGGCCCUCUCCGCACGCGCUCUGGAGAAGCAGCAGCCCGAGACAUAGUGCAGUUCGUGCCUUAUCGACGAUUUCAGAAUGCUCCCCGGGAGACACUCGCACAGACCGUACUCGCCGAAGUGCCCACUCAGAUGGUUUCCUACUUCAGAGCCCAAGGCUGGGCCCCGUUAAAGGCACCUCCAACCCCAGCCAAGGGCCCCGCACAGGCCCCACAGGCAUAGGCACCCAUGGAAGAGUAGGCUCCAAUCAGUCCUCAGCCUGCAGCCUGCUCCAUCCUCUGGACAGGGACCAAGUGUGCACAUUCUUUCCAUUUCAUAGUUGAUACUUUUAUAUGUGCUGCUGCUGCUGCUGCUGCUGCUCUUUGCUCUUUGCUCUUUGCUGCCAGGCAGGCAGGCACCUUUUCAUUCAGGAAAGAAAGACUAGUAAAGAUAUCACUCCUUUCUCUCAAAAUUAUAGACUGCUAGAGAGAGCCACACUUGCUUUGACCUUGGGCUUGCUGAGUAAAAGAGCCCUUUGGUCUAAUAACCCCAUUCAAGCAUUAUUAUGUUUAUGUCUAUUCACUUCAGUCACAUACUUUGAAAAGACAAAGUUUGAAUAUUAAGUAAACUUGUGGUUGUCCUUUCCUCCGGGGCGAGCUGAGCUGGGACUGACUGUGAACACGAUGGAAGGUGCUACAGUGUUAGAGGUAGCAAAUGAGAGAAGACGAUGUUUGAGAACAGAGUCAGGGCUGUUAGACUGCCUGUGCUAGCUCUGUCCCUCUGUUUCUUGGGGACAUUUGUGUAGCCCAGGCUGGCCUGCAGUUUACCAUCCUGUGGCAGCCUUAGAGAUGUUAGAAUUACAGGUGUAUGCUACCGUACCUGGAGUAUAGUCCAGAUUUUUUUGCUUUUUUAAUAUAUGCUCUCAUAUAGCCCAGGCUGGCCUUACAUUUUGUUGCCAAGGAUAACUGAAUUCCUGCUCCUUCCUAUUUGAGCUUCCCAAAUGCUAGGAUUAUUAGCUUGCCUCAUCAGUUGCCCUUUACCAGCUCAACAGUUUGAUAGCUUUUUUUUUUUUUUUUUAUAGAAUGAAUGAUUUAAUGCAUUUUCAUUUUGGGAAAACUUUAUAGGACACAUCAUAACCACUUUGCCCAGACUGCCUUUAGACAUUUUACAACUCAAGGUCCUGGAGUAGCUGGAACUACAGUUCAGGGUCUGGUUUAGCAAAACUGGUUUUGUUUGCAGAGUGGGGGGAGGGGAGCUCCUAAAUGCAGAUAUCAGUUUAUAUAAAAAUAGAAAAUGGAGCCGGGCG